ACAGGUUUUCGACCUCAUAAAGAUGGCGGCUCGCUUCUCCAAGCUUGUGUCUGUUUGGAGAAAAGUAGGAAGUUUUCUAGUAAAUUCUGUUAUCAUAAGCCAGACAACGACGUGGGACACCAAAAUGGACACAGACACAACUAUGAAGUUGGAGUUUGCAGUGCAGAUGACGUGUGACAGUUGUGCAGAAGCUGUCCGAUCUGCUCUGGAAGGAAAACCAGGAGUACAGUCGGUGAGCGUUGACAUGGGGAAGGGGGAGGUUCUGGUUGAGUCCACCCUGACGUCUCACCAGGUUCAGAGUCUUAUAGAGAGUUCGGGACGCAGGGCGGUGCUGAAGGGCAUCGGGGGACCAGAACAGGACCUGGGUGCAGCGGUAGCCAUGAUAGGCGGUAGCGGUUGUGUUCAGGGGGUGGUGCGCUUCCUGCAGCUGUCCCAGGAUCGCUGUUUGAUCGACGGGACCAUCGAUGGCCUGGAACCUGGCGCUCACGGCCUCCACGUCCACACGCUGGGAGACCUCACACAGGACUGCCAGAGUUGUGGAGAACACUAUAACCCCCAUGGGAGACAACAUGGCGCCCCACGGGACCCAGAGAGGCAUGUAGGGGAUCUGGGGAACAUUGUAGCUGGACCAGACGGCAGAGCCUCUUUUAGACUAGAGGACCCUCAGCUGAAGGUGUGGGAGGUCAUCGGCCGUUCCCUGGUGGUGGAUGAGGGUGAGGAUGACCUGGGAAGGGGAGGACACUCCCUCUCCAAACUAACCGGGAACUCCGGUCAGAGGCUGGCCUGCGGGAUCAUAGCUCGCUCCGCGGGCUUGUUCCAGAACGCCAAGCAGAUCUGCGCGUGCGACGGGGUGACGCUGUGGGAGGAGCGGGACCGACCGCUGGCCGGGACGGGCCGCAGCAAGACCACCACCAACACGCCCGCUGCUCACCUAUGAUGGCAGACAAAAGAUAACUUUUCAAUACAUCUCGCAACGGGGAAAACAUUGACUCUUUAAUGAAACAUUAAAACCAGCCUGAAUUUGUCGAAUGUGAAAUUGCUUUAGCACUUUGUUUUGUGCACAUACAGUCAAACUGUUUUCGUUUUUUUGCAACAGGAUCUCUGUCAUGAAUAUAGCUCGUUAGUGCCACCCAUUGUUUCAGGCUGUCUUUUUUGUGCCUAGAGUAUACCGCCCUGAAUGGUAAACCUUACUGAUAAUGCUCUUGUUAAGAUGCACAGGGAGAGUGGGAGAGGUGAAGUAGGAGAAUGAGGUUGAGGAAGAAAGACCCAAUUGUUUGUCAAUCAUCCCCUUUUAAGUUGUCAUUCUGCUAAGCUCGGUGAUGAGAAGUCUGACCGAAAGAACAGAAUAGGAUAUUAACUAGACAUAGUCUUGAUGUUAAGUCAAAAUUAGGGUUUCAAUACUUUGUUGAAAAAAUGUAAUAGCUUUUUUUUUCUUCAAUCAAGCAGUCAGUGUUUUAAUUCCUUUUUGGGUCAGUGUGAAACGUUCGGUUUUAUCUCAAAUGCUUUGUCAAGCGAAUGUCAGGCCCUCCAAAUCUGUUAGUUAAGAUUGCAGUUCGUUUAGCACUUGCUUUCAAGUAGCCCAUUGACCUGAGUCACCAUUUGAAUCUAUGUAACCUGUGUUGUAAUGUAAAGUGCACAAUAAGGGAUCAAUAUAUAUUGUCACCAUUGUUUUUCUAAAUAUGAUUUGCAAUAAAUGGCAUCAAUUGCUCUUUG